AUGCCAGUCACCCUGGAGGUUCUGAGAAGGUCUGAGUCCAUUUCUCCUUCUAGUCCUGCUCUGAUCAGAACCCAGCACCCACAGCCGUUUCCUCUGGUGUUUGCAGGUAAACAGAAGUACCUGUGUGCCAGCCGGAACGACUGCACCAUCGACAAGUUCAGAAGGAAAAACUGCCCGUCCUGCCGCCUGCGCAAGUGCUACGAGGCAGGGAUGACUCUGGGAGCCCGCAAGCUGAAGAAGCUGGGCAACCUGAAGACACAGGAUGACCCCGAGGCAGGCAGCUUACCCAGCCCCACAGAGGAGCAAGCUCCCAAGAUGGUGAUGACACGCAUUGAUGGGUACGAGUGCCAGCCCAUCUUCCUCAACGUCCUGGAGGCCAUCGAGCCCGGCGUGGUGUGUGCCGGCCACGACAACAGCCAGCCAGACUCCUUCUCCAACCUGCUGACCAGCCUGAAUGAGCUCGGGGAGAGGCAGCUGGUCUACGUGGUCAAGUGGGCAAAGGCCCUGCCAGGGUUUCGCAACCUGCACGUGGAUGACCAGAUGUCCAUAAUCCAGUACUCCUGGAUGGGCCUGAUGGUUUUCGCUAUGGGCUGGAGAUCUUUCACCAACGUCAACUCCAGGAUGCUUUACUUUGCUCCAGAUUUGGUCUUCAAUGAGUAA